AGUGCGGCGGUGAGGGACUCAGCUUUCAGAGCGUAGUCACAGCGGAGAGUUUCACAGACACGCACGAGCCGAGCCCGCCGCUUCCAGGCGCCUUCAUUUCUGUUAUUUCCCACUCCAUCUUCCCCCUGAUCAUCACUCGGGUUCUGCGGUUCUGCAUGAAUCCUGAGCUCCAGACUCGCGCUGCUGAUCAGAGGACAAUGGCCCCAAGCUGAACAGCGUGUGAGAGAGAGCAGAGAUCAGAGCUGUGAUGGACGUCUCGUCAGUGGACCCUUCUGCUGUAGCAGAGCUCUGGAACAACAUUUCCCUCUCAGGAUACUUCUUCAAUGAGACUUUUCUCAACGAGACUUUUUUCAAAGAGACUUUUCUCAAGGAGACUUUUUCCAAUGACUUGUGCCUCACACGCCUCAACAUAUCUAACAGCACCAAUGGAACCUGCGCUGGAAGCCAGUCAGGCAUCAGCAUAGCCGGUGUCCUUAUCCCGCUCAUAUACAUCAUCGUGUGCAUCAUCGGCCUUGGUGGGAACACUCUGGUGAUCCACAUUGUCCUGCACUACUCCAAGACAGAAUCUGUUACCAACAUCUACAUCCUUAAUCUGGCCAUCGCUGAUGAGCUGUUUAUGCUCAGCCUUCCCUUCCUGGCUGUCCAGAAUGCCAUGACAUCCUGGCCCUUCGGAUCCUUCAUGUGCCGUCUGGUGAUGACCGUUGAUGGGAUCAACCAGUUCACCAGCAUUUUCUGCCUGACAGUGAUGAGUAUCGACCGCUAUCUGGCUGUGGUGCACCCCAUCCGCUCGUCAAGGUGGAGGAGACCGCAGGUAGCCAAGGCUGUGAAUGGUUCCGUGUGGGCGAUGUCCUUUAUAGUGGUUCUGCCGAUGGUGGUCUUUGCUGGUGUGUUUGAGAAUGGAGGGACUUGCAACAUCAACUGGCCAGAGACGUGUAGCAUCUGCCGUGCUGCGUUUAUCAUCUACACCUCCACUGUAGGGUUCUUCUUCCCGCUGCUGGUUAUCUGCAUGUGCUACCUGCUCAUCGUCUUCAAGAUCCGCAGCUCGAGCAAAAAGGUCCACGCCACGUCGAACAAACGGCGCAAGUCUGAGCGCAAAGUAACACGCAUGGUGGUGAUCGUGGUGGCUGUGUUCGUCUUCUGCUGGCUGCCGUUCUACGCCCUGAACAUAAUAAACCUGAUUGUGUUUCCACCACCCAGUGAGCUGCAGGGAUUCUACUACUUUGUGGUGGUGCUGUCCUACGCCAACAGCUGUGCCAACCCCAUCGUCUACAGCUUCCUCUCUGACAACUUCAAACGAGGCUUUCGGAAGGCUCUGUGCCGCUCAUCGAGAAAGGUUGAGAGCCACGAACCAGCAGAACGUCAGGAACAGGAGGAGCGCAGGCAGAUACUGAUGCCCCGUGAGAGUUUGCGCAGAGCCGUAAGAGAAGAUGAAGAUGAGGAUGAAGAAGAGGACAGGGAGGAAGUUACAGAGAUGACCGAGAUCUGCAAGAUCACUCAGAACGGGAACGGCAGCGCACAGUGCACUCGCGCUUUGCUGUCUGAGAGGCCGUUAGCUCCAGGGCUUUCAGAGCCGAGCUCUCCACGAGGAGAUGGGAUUGGGAAAGGACCUGGAUUUGGGACGAACACAGCAUUGCUGAAUGGUGUGAAAAACGGAAAUGUGAAGCCGCUGCCAGAGGAACCUGUAGAAAAGAACACGUCAUUGGAGAUCAGCUAUUUGUAAAAC